GUGGAACGCGCCACGACGCAGAGCCGGCAGAUGCGGCAACGUGGCGGUGGCGGCGCAGUCGGUGGCCGGCCGCGUCCGUCGGCUGGAAAGCGACGCCUGGGAGCGGCGCUGCGCGGCGGCAGGAAAACCACGGGCCGGCCGGCUGUGGCCACGGCCGCGCCAAAAGGAAGAAGGCGACGCUGCGGCGGCGGCGGCGGCGGCGGCGGCACGGCAGCGCGAUGGCGUCGCCGGCCGCGGGCGAGGCGAAGCGAGGGGAGCACGUGACGCAAGCCGGCGUUGCGUAGCGUGGCGCGCCGCGGCUGCCAGGGCCGGCCAGUGUGCGACGCAUUGCCGACCAUGGCGGCCGCCUCAGCCACGUCCACGCCGGCCGGCGCGGCCGCGCAGCAGCCGCCCUUCACCGAGGAGCAGCUCAUCGCGCAGGUGUACCAGCACAACAUCCUCUACGACAAGACGUCGUUCCACUACAAGGACCCGCGGAUGCGCAUGGAGGCGUGGGAGGAGAUCGGGCGCGCUCUCAAAGUGCCAGGUUCGGAGUGCCUCAAAGCGUGGCGCAAGCUACGAAACUGCUACAUGAACGCCAUCAAGCGGCGGAGGUUCAGCAGCAAGGCCGCACACACAAACAAGAAGUACACCAAGUGGAAGUUCGAGGACGAGAUGUCCUUCCUGCUGCCCUACAUGCUCAGUGGCAGGGCGAUGUCUCACGAGCACAGCAACGAGGAAGAGGAGGAGGACAACGAGGACGGCGACCCGGGCGGCGAGCUGGUGGAGGCGGAGACGGCGCCGACGCUCAAGGCGGAGGAGCCGGCCCCGUCACCCGGCCAGCUGCACGCCCCCGCUUACGGCGCGGGCCGGCGCGCAGAAUUCACCGGCGCCCAAGAGUUCGUCAGCGUCGUCAUGGCCAACGGGCGCGCCGGCAGCCACUCCUACGACGACGACGACGAGCCGGACCGCGACGAAGACGACGACGAGAGCCCGCGGGCGCGCCGACGCCCCCGCAAGCGGCUCAGGGCGCGCAGCCCCUCUGCCGCCUGCGGCCCGGAGGCCAUGGACGACACGGAGAUGUUCUUCCUGAGCAUGGCCAAGACCGUGAAGAAGCUGCCGCGCGUGGAGCGCGUGCGCAUCCGCAUGGACCUCUGCCGCAUGGUGUCCGAGGCGGAGCUGCGCAGCCUCACCAACGGCUACCGCCGCAAGUGACCGUCUACUAACUUGUGCUUUGCUCCUUUUCAUCAUCCCUUCCAUCAGCUGUUAGUGUGAGGCCCGACUAUUUACGAGGUUUGCACGCCACGAUCUUCCUACAACCGUACAUUGCAUUUUUUGUAUACUCAACUCCUUGUAAUUCUCAACAAUUCUGGUCUCCUCCUAUCUCUAAUGUGGUACUCACUUCCAAACCCUCCUAAGCCAACAAGCCUCUUUCAAUUACGUGAGUGCAUCAUCUGUGGGUUCAUCCACAGCUAUCACUGCUGAAUGAAAGCUCCGUAUUCCCAGCUACGCUUAAAAAAUAAACAAAAAUCCUCAACUGCAGUCCGGUGGCAGCUAUGUGUUCACAUUUGACUAGCUCGAACUGGUUCCACAGCAUGCUGUUUCAUCUGUUGAAUUAUAGCGAUGAUGACUAAUGGCAGCCCAUCAACCAGUCAAUUUCUUUUCACUACCAUCAUGAUCAUUAUCAGAGUUUUACGAUCAUCUAUGGCAGGACCUAAAGAAUUUGAACAAACAGCUAUCAUUUCAUUGUUUGUUUGUCUUUUUUUCAAUGCUGUUAACCAGAAAACAUUAAUACAAAAGUAGCAAAUCAUGAAGAAAAAGUAACUAUUUUCAACAGAACUACUUUCAAAUUUUACUUUUAUUUAUUCUCGUUCUAGUAUAUUAAAUACUGAUUUUCUUCUCUUCACCUCCCCCACCCCCCCUUUCCCGGUUAAAAUACAAGUAUUGACAUGCCUGAUCUCAGUCCAUUCCAUCAAGUGUUCAUUAUCAUCGUUUGUAUCAUCCACACUUUUAACGCUUCCUCGUAUUGUUUCCAUGACUUCCCAAAAUAUCUCAUCGACGGGCUCCACACCUCGUUGCAUUGCUACAGCAGCUGAGGUAAAACAGAAGGCGAUGAACUGUCUGAGAAAUAUAUAGUGUUACUAUACUUUUCAAGAGCAGUAUUAGCGAUUUAACUACAUUCCUAUGUCGUUAGUUCCCUGGUAAUAUUUGUUUAUGAGGAAAGAGACUCACACGCGGCCUAACACUAAACAAGCACGAAUUUACAGAUUUUUUUUUUUACAUAUUUUGUGAAAAAACUCAGAGUGUAGCCCUCCCCACUAGCCCUUCCGCUAUUCGUCGCUCAAGUGGGAACAGGACUGAUUAAAUGUUACAGGAGGAGAGACGUGUGAUCUUGAAAUCGGACUUAGCGACUACUGGUCACCUACUCGUGCUUACCGUUCCACAAACAUUUGCACAGCCUGCAAGACAAAGCCGACCAGACAUAUCUAAGUACCUCAUUGAUCAUACAUUGGUAUUUGCACCACCUGACCACGAUGUCAGACGUGUGAUGUAAAAAGGACUAGACUAGAGGACGAUCUCACAAGGCCCUGAGCCUGAUACUUAUUACUCUAUAGCAAUAUAUUUUUCUGUCUAAGAUUGUAUGUAUUAGCUUCUACUGUGGUACAAGGAAUGUGAAAUUUAAAUGUUAAAAAGCUUUAAGAAAUAAAGGAAAUUUUGUGCUUUUUGUUAAA